AUGAAUAGUAGAUAUCGCGAAAGAAAGUACAACACAUCAGACAAUGAUCGCUUAAUAAGAGCAUUGUCUCAACCCGUUCAAGCUUGGGAGAAGAAAUGGACACCACAAUCCAAUUCAAAAACGCUUCAAACAUUCAAGUGGGUCAAAUCCGACAAGGUCAUUGAAUUUGAGCAAGAUCCAGAGAGUGAAGAAGAGCCUGAGCCUAUGGAAACAGAUCAAACACCAGCAGCAACAACCACUGUGGUAGAGCAGGUUGAAGCUGUAAAGACAGAGGGUAUCGCAAAUGGCAAGGUUUCUGUAUCAGAAACAACUGUUACCAAGGACAUAGCUGAUGGACAAGAGAAGGCGUCUACAACCACAAUCACUACAACUGAGCAGCCAUCCAAUACACCCGCCGACGCCAAUGCAACAUCAGCUACUACUACCACUACUACCACCACCACCACUACUACUACUACAGGAUCAGACAAGAAAUUAGAUGAAUCCAGUAUUCCUGGCGGACCUAGCUCCAUCAUAUCCAACAAGGCAGUGUCGUCCAUUAUGGCAGAGGACGCAGAGGAUGAGGAUGAUCAGCGAUCCCAAACACCCAAACUGGACGAUAUUUCUGAUGACGAGGAAAAGAACGGAAACGAUGAUGAUGAGGACAACGAUGUGGAUAGCAUAAACGAUGCCUCCAAGCACCCUGCUUUAGCACCCCACGCACAAGCACACAUGACAGACGACGAUAUGACGGAUUCGACAGUAGCUACACCACAGACCACGACAGAAGGAAACACACCUAUGCCCAUGUUGGAGGAUGAGCCCAUGGAAGAAUCCAGUGCCAGCAGCACAUUGCCUCAUCCAUUAAGCCAGGAAAUUUUGACUGGGGCAACUGCCUUUAUCAAUAACGAAGAUAAUGGAUCGAUGAACAAUGAUUCUCCAGCAAUUCAGACACCCGAAGACCAUGUUCCUCAGCAUCAGCCUGAAGCCAUGGAGGAGCAGCAAUAA